AUGUCUAAUAGAACGCGUCAUAGCGGGUCUAGCAGUCGCCUCCGCGAUCACACCGCGGUCCUCACGAGGAUUCCGGCCAAGCUCGGUGGUUCCAGCCGUGCGAGGGUCGCGCCGCGCCUCCAGGGGCGCAGUGCCAGACUCCGGCCGCACGAUGGCGCGCGCUUCCUGCGGACCCGGCCCUCGGCGCGGCGCAGACAAAGGCGGGCGUCCGGCCUCCGUCGCGGGGCCGCGGAGGCGGCGGGCGCCCCGGGUGGCCGCGGCCGCGGCCGCCCCUGCGCGCCGAACCUGGCAGCUGCCGCCUGCCUGAGCCUUUGUCCUGCGCUGCCCGCCCUCGUGCUAAAGGACACGGCGGGAGGCUGCUGGGCGCACGCGGCGCCAGCCGGGCAUCCACCCGCGUCCCGGGCCCUCACACCCCCCACAGCUCGGCCCCACCUGAGCUUGGGUCAUGGUCAAGAAGCUGGAAGCGCGGGAGUGUGA